CCCUGAUGUACGAAGUCGUUGUGUUUCUAGUACUCCUAGCAGCCGCUUUUGACUGUUUCUAUUUUAUUCGAGCGUGCGCAGUCUAUUUGCAGUGUCGACUACUGCGCUGUUUGGGUUUUUCGAAACGAAGUUCCAUUUACGAGGAAAGACGACUGAAAAGUGUUGUACUGCCGACCGACAUCGAUGCAUUGGGACACAUGAAUAAUUCACGGUACCUUCGAGAGUUCGACUAUGGUCGAUUGGAUUGGUUCACUGCUACUGAUCUCUAUCAAGCCGCACGAAAAUUGCAACCAUCUCGAGCUCCAGUGGUUGCUGCCAUAUCAAUCAGAUUCAGGAAAUCAUUGCUACUGUUUCAAGUGUUUGAUAUUAAAACGAGACUGAUGGCAUGGGAUGAAGAGUCUUUGUAUUUGGAGCAGAGGAUUGUUAAUGGGCGAGAUUUUGUAUGUGCAAUAGUGUUGUGUAAAUCUGUAGUUCCAGGAGUUAAUCCUCAAGAUCUUUUUAAUGAGAUUGAAGGAAAUCGAGUGACGAGCCCACCAAUGCCGGCUGAUUUAUGCAGCUGGAUUAGUAGUAACAAAAACUCUAGCAAUCGACUUCGACAGGAAGUUAAUUAAUCUGAAACAUCGAAAUUUGUUUGAUUAAAUAUUUGAAAAUAUUGGGCUCUAUUGUUGUGCUAAAACCUUGUAUUUGUAUCAAUGUUAUUGUU